AUGACGUCUAACAGCCCCCUCUAUAUCGGGUUCGAUCUCUCGACACAACAGCUCAAAGGAUUGGUUGUCAAUUCUGAGCUCAAGGUGGAACAUGUCGCGAAAUUCGACUUCGAUGCCGAUUCACACGGAUUUCCGGUCAAGAAAGGUGUUCUGAAUAAUGAAGCUGAGCAUGAGGUCUUCGCCCCGGUCGCUUUGUGGCUGCAGGCAUUGGACAGCGUGCUAGAGAGCUUGCGUAAGCAAGGACUUGACUUUAGCCGUGUGAAGGGAAUCAGUGCUGCUGGCCAGCAGCACGGAAGCGUAUACUGGGGUCAAAAUGCGGAGCAGCUUCUCCGCAAUCUAGACUCGAGCAAAUCCCUCGAGGCACAGCUAGAAGGUGCUUUCUCACACCCAUACAGCCCCAAUUGGCAAGAUUCCAGCACACAAAAAGAAUGCGAUGAGUUCGAUGAGGUUCUCGGAGACUCUGAGCAUCUGGCGCAGGCGUCGGGAAGCAAAGCACACCAUAGAUUCACAGGUCCCCAAAUCCUCCGGUUCACAAGGAAACACCCCGAAGUCUACCAGAAGACAUCCAGGAUCUCACUGGUGUCCUCCUUCCUGGCGUCCCUUUUCCUCGGCCAUGUAGCCCCAUUCGACAUCUCUGACGUAUGCGGAAUGAAUCUGUGGAACAUCAAGAAAGGCGCCUAUGAUGAGCAGCUGAUCAAGCUCUGCUCAGGCGUUUUUGGGGUCGAGGACUUGAAGCGAAAGCUCGGUGAAGUACCGGAAGACGGAGGCCUACACCUUGGCCCCGUUCACGCAUACUUUGUGAAUCGAUUCGGAUUUAGUCCUGAUUGCACAGUCAUUCCCGCAACUGGCGACAACCCAGCGACCAUUCUUGCAUUGCCGUUGCGGCCGUCGGACGCAAUGGUCUCCCUCGGCACAUCUACAACAUUCCUCAUGUCCACGCCUAGCUACAAACCCGAUCCCGCUACCCAUUUCUUCAACCAUCCGACCACCCCCGGAUUGUACAUGUUCAUGCUGUGCUACAAAAACGGCGGUCUGGCCCGUGAGCACGUCCGAGACGCGAUCAAUGAGAGCCUGAACGAUACCCCUGCCCAACCGUGGGCUAACUUUGACAAGGUUGCGCUGCAGACUCCCCCAUUGGGCCAAGAUAAUGCAUCGGACCCGAUGAAGAUGGGUCUGUUCUUCCCGCGACACGAGAUUGUACCAAACAUCCGCAAGGGUCAAUGGCGCUUUACAUAUGAUCCCACUACGGGGAAUUUAAAGGAGACUACUGAGGGAUGGAAUAGCCCGGCAGACGAGGCUCGUGCCAUUAUUGAGAGUCAGAUGAUCUCGCUGCGUCUGCGGUCUCGGGGCCUAACUCAGAGCCCCGGUGACGGGAUCCCCUCUCAGCCGCGACGAGUUUACCUUGUUGGUGGAGGCUCGAAGAACAAGGCUAUUGCCAAGAUUGCUGGCGAGAUUCUUGGCGGUGUUGAGGGUGUGUAUCAGCUUGAUGUUGGUGACAAUGCCUGUGCUCUGGGUGCUGCAUACAAAGCUGUGUGGGGUAUCGAACGACAGCCCGGUCAGACCUUUGAAACAUUGAUCGGUGAACGGUGGAAGGAGGAUGAGUUCAUUGAGAAGAUUGCAGACGGUUACCAGAAGGGAGUGUUCGAACAGUAUGGCAAGGCUGUUGAUGGGUUUGAGAAGAUGGAACAGCAGGUUUUGCAGCAAGAGGCUGACAAGAAUUAG